CAGCUCUGUAGCUCUGUAGUCUCUCCAGUCUCCAGUAAACAGCAGUCAUGGCGACAGUGGUCCAACCGCUCUCUCUGGAUCGAGAUGUUGCCAGGGCUAUCGAGCUGCUGGAGAAGCUGCAGGAGUCGGGUGACGUGCCCGGUCACAAGCUCCAGUCUCUGAAGAAGGUCCUUCAGAGCGAGUUCUGCACAGCCAUCAGAGAGGUGUACCAGUACAUGCAUGAAACCAUUACAGUGAAUGGCUGUCCAGAGUACCAGGCGAGGGCCACAGCUAAGGCCACAGUUGCAGCCUUCGCAGCCAGUGAAGGUCACUCCCAUCCGCGGGUGGUGGAGCUACCUAAGACGGAGGAAGGACUGGGUUUCAAUGUGAUGGGCGGUAAGGAGCAGAACUCACCUAUCUACAUCUCCCGCAUCAUCCCCGGAGGCGUAGCCGAGAGGCACGGCGGCCUAAAGCGAGGGGAUCAGCUCCUUUCUGUCAAUGGCGUGAGCGUGGAAGGCGAGCACCACGAGAAAGCAGUGGAGCUGCUGAAGGCGGCCAAGGACAGUGUGAAGCUGGUGGUUCGCUACACCCCCAAAGUGCUGGAGGAGAUGGAGGCUCGCUUCGAGAAGCUCCGCACGGCCCGGCGGCGCCAGCAGCAGCAGCUCCUCAUGCAGCAGCAACAACAGCAGAACCUGGCCUCGCAGCAGAACCACAUGUCGUAGGUUGUUCCAAAAGAAGAAGAAGUGAAGGAGAGCGAAGAGGUGGAUCUCAAAGGCCGCCUGUUCAUUGUUGAAGAUCCCAAAGGAAUCUCUCCGUCGUGGAGGAAACCAACAAGUGGAAGACUCUUUUACUUAACUCUCUCCCUUCCAGUGUACCACCGAUUACUGAGCAAAAACAAAGAGAGCCGUUUGUCCCGAAAUUGGUGCUUCGAAAAACAAGUAUGAGGGAGGCUAGCACUGAACGUCGUCCAUUUUAACUUUGUAUUCCCUUUUAUAAGUUGUUCUCCCCCGCGGUUGUGACUCUUAUUGAUUCUCCCCUUUAUCUUGUGUUUGUUGUUUUGUUUACAGUCAUCCAUUUUUGAUUGCUUACCAACAUCCAUUACACCGUUGUGGCACCUUUGCCAUUUUGCCAUAGAUAUCAUUUGUACAGUGGUGUUUCUAUUGAUUCUUCAACUGGUGCUCGUGUCUCUGUAUGAAUGACCAUCGGUUUCUUUCUGUGUGUGUCAAACUUGUCCUGUUUUGGAUAAACGUGAACUCUUUUUUACCUUCUAUAUUGUAGCAGGAGAAGAUUUUUGUAUCUUGUAGGUUUAGCAAUAACACACAUUCUUCAGUUUUUACAUUUCGCCACUAAAUUCAUGAUCGGAUCCAUGCAUUAUAUACAGAGUUUAGGGGAUAGGUGCACAUGUAAAUCACUGUAAAGCAAAACUGGGUCUUAUGUACUGUAAGGCAGCUUCUGUGUCCAAAUCUAUCCUCUGUGCCAUUUAAAGAGAUUAUUGAUUUACAGGUGGCAUGAAUAAUUAAUGUGCAAUAAUUAUUGACAGACUUUGUAAGCUACUCCCGACUGAGAUUUAUCCAGAAAUUAUAUGUCACCAAGAGAUUUUAACAAGGUUCAAAUCGACCCUCGGAAAUGUUAACUGUGUCCUGACAGACAAACAGAAUGUCACCAGUUUUCAUUUGAGCAGAGCGGGAAUUAAAAAUCAAAGAAUUACGUUUAUUUUUCAGACUUGUCUAUUUUAUAGUUCAUGAAAUCAGAGAUUUAACAUAAAGUUUUAUUGUUCCUUUUAAAUAUUAUAUGUUCUUUCUAAGACGUGCAGAUUAUUAUUAUUAUUAUUUAAAAAUCUAUUCAUUGUAUUAACAGCUGAAUACUAGCACAUGUAGAUCUGUUCCCUGCGUUUCUGUUCAGACAAUCAUUUUUGAGAAGUUAUGAGACUGAGUGGAAUGUUUCGCCUUCUUUUUUCCUCCGUACCUGUAAGGGAAAUCUGUUUUUAAGCUAAAGUGGUUAUCCUCCACGUUUACUUUUCUUUCCAUCUUCGGUGCUAAGCGCUCCUUGUUGUGUUUGUUUUGCACUUCACUUGCCGGAGAUCACUUCUUUUUGUCUCUGAUACCUUCUUGUUUUUUCUGACUUUUUUCAUUUUCUGUAGGUGGCGCUCUUUUCUUCGUUUAUUCAACCGUUCAGGCUUUACCUCUUUUUCUGCUUCUACUUGGCAUAAACAAAUCCCAGUGCUAUUAAAUCAAGGCUAGGACACGGUACAUGAUACAUGGAGUAUGACACAUGCCAGCCUUGUCUCAUGGAAAUACAUGAAAUGGACACAAAGUUCUAACAACUCAUCACAUGGUGGUGGGCACGACAUUCUAAAAUGAUGUGCUGGUAACAAGAAAACAAUGUCAACACAAAGUCAGUGAGGAUCUUUUCUUGUGGUAGAUACACAAAUUUAAGCCCCCCUUUGCUAAAUAAAAGUGUUUCUUUUGUAUAUGUCCCCUAAAAUGUCUGACCUUGACUAUACUGAGUUGUAUCAGUGCAAAGUUUGCCACUAGAGAGGUGUUUUCACAUUCCUCUACUGAAGGAGGCGACGUCUGUGUGCUUCCCUAAAAUCUGCUGGGCAAGCUAAAUUAGCUACGUCAUGAAUAUGAAAGCCUUUCUAAGCCGGUCUAAUACAGGAAACACAUAUCGACAGGGAACAGACUUUGACACAACAACGGCAACAAAACCUAAAAAACUUCCAGCUGUCAGCAAACUCAUCAGUACAGGGUCCGGAUUUAACGUUAGCAUAGCUAAAGUUUUGACAGCAAACAUGUUUGAAUGAGCGGUUUUUGGAUGUAAACUGAGUCCUGGAGCUUCCUUUCACUGUCAACCAAUAAACCCUACUGCAGCAGAUGUUAUUGUAUGUUUCAUAAACACUAACGCUCAGUCAGCCACCUCCAGUUAGCCUACAAGCUAACAAGCUAAGAAACAACAGAAAUAAGAUGCUAACUACACGUAGCAUCCUGAUACAUCUGCUAGUCACUAACUUUGGUGCACAACAGACUCCUCGUCUGAGUCUGAGUCUGACUGAGGCUCAAACAUUUAGGGCUAAAUCUCUCCAAUGUUUCCUGUAACGCUAAUAGUAGCCAUUUUGAUGCACAACAAUUCUCAUUGAGGGAGAAAGAGUAGAUCUGCUUCAGGCCCCUUUACAGAGUGUUUUUUUUACAUCACUACGUAAAGUAUGAAAGUUUAUGUCACUUAAUUCAGUGCGUAGAUAUUUUAACCAAAACCACGAUCAUUUCCUUAACGCAUUUGUUUGUUCUCUAAACAAAACCAGGUGUUUUCUCUCCCUAACCUAACUAAGACCGUUCUUAAUAGACUUUGCAUUGGCAUUGUUUUCACGCAGCACAUCUCAUGCCCACCACCACUUAAUGCCUUGUUAAGAGGUUGUGUCCAUUUCACAAUGUCUGUGAGACUGUGUUGCACAUGCACAAUCUAACUGCAGCAGAGAUGUUGGAGGGUUCUAGCAGAAAUAAAGGGAUGGUGCUGUUCAGGUGCUCUUUGGGUGCGCUCAGUCUGACAGAACUUUUUUCGAAUGGAUGGCGGCCAAUAUAAAAAGCAAAAGUUUUCAAAUAGAAACCUACAAUAAGGCUAUUGUUCCUAUGAGGAUGAAAAAUAGGGGAUUGCCCAUUGUUCUGACAGCCCAAAAGACCGAAGCCCCAUCAGUCUAAACCAUGUCCAUUUAGACAGCUUAUUUUUCCAACAGCCCAUUAUCCCAAAAACAAACACACAUUUGCAGUGUAUACAUCUGGAAACCAUAAAUGCAUUAUAUUUGUAGUUAGGUUUAGGUACAAAAAUGCUUUGUUAUGGUUAUGUUUUGGCUCAAACAUCCAAGUUUGGAGGCACCAGAAGUCACUGGAAAAGCAGGGACAGGUCGGUGAGAAACACCCAGAUUCGGUGGCUCAAAUUCAGCUGGGAAACUCUACGCGGGGUCAGUAGAAACACCUGGGAUUGGUGUAUUUUCGGAGAAACUGGACUCUGGGGCAAAUGCAAUGGACCUUUGUUGUUGGAAUAACACGCUAUUGUAGAAAUGGGCUUUCAGUCCAAUGGGACAUUUCUUGGACUAAUGGGGUUUUGGAAUUUUGGGCCGUUGGAAAAAUGGCAUGACACCAGAUAAAAAGACUUGAGUUUUAUUGCAAAUUGACAUUAAAUUUAAGGGUGUCUCACACCAAGUAAGUCCACUCAUGACUUGCAGAUUAAUAUAAUGACAUGGUCUGCUUUCCUCAUACCUUUAUUUUUUGUAUAAAAUAUAUCCUCCAGAGACCCAAACUUUUCUUUGGCUUGCAUUUUAAGUCCCAAUGUCCUCAAACAAGUUCUUCCUAAUUAACAGUGUCUUGUUACUGUUGCUAAAAUUUGUCAAAUUUGUUGCCAUAUCAAACUACAAACAUUAUUAAUCGUAGAUAAACAAGUUUCAACCAUAAAAUGUGAUCAGGUUUUGGACCUUGUCCACUUUUGUGUCAGGAUCGGCUGCAGACUGACUUGGCAGAGAUGGCUGCCAUCUUGUUUUUACAUGGAUUAGUGUAUUGUGCUCUUACUGCCACUAGAUGGCACAAAAUAGUGUCCACAAACGAGGACAACAGGUCUAAGUUAAGUAGAAUGAAGUAUAAGGUCAAGUAAAUCCAAAAUGUGAUGUCCUCAUAUGAGGACACAGGGUCUCAGGAGGAUAUUCUGACCCAAGGCCGGCAGCAGAUGCCUCAAUCAAACAAAUGAAUUGUCCCCAUGUUCUGUGACCGUGCGCCAGCUAUUGAGCGUCUCAGCAAGUGCAGACCAGAUUUUACUGCGCAUGUGUUAUACCCCAAUAAUAUGACGCGAUAUGACAUUGUUCCUCUUAGCCAGCUGCAUAAAUCCAAAACAUAACAUUACUUCCUAUAUGCCGGAGGAUUUUUAUUCCCCAGCUGUGUGUUAAGAACAGAGAAUGAUAAGCUGUCAUGAAGUUAUUAAGUUUUCAUGAAAAUGUUGCCGAUUAUUCCUUUAUGGAUUUACAGAAAAUGAUCAUCUCCAUCUUUAAUCCUGUAUGAUCUACAUCACAUCUAAUUGCACAAGUCCAGCAGAAUGAAAUCCAUGUGUCACGCUGCCAGAUAUUCCCAUUUCAUAAACAACCUGUGAGCACUGAGGUCACCUAAUGCCAGAUCUUUUGUAUUAGGUGACCUCUGGGCUCAGGGCUCAAAGGAUAUUCACUCACUCAUCAAGCAGAACAUCUCAAUACAACAGAUCCCUUUUUGUAUCUUUAAAUCACAGGUACUCUUUCUUAAUUGACUUACAUUUUUGAAGCUGAUGGUCCUGUACUUACCGUAAAGAUAAAAAAAGACAACAAACUGUUGAUAUGCAAUUGUUAUACAUACUAUAUUUGUAUAAAUAAAUCUAUGUGCUUGUGUAC